CAGAGCCCACAAGCCCACCAUGGCCCUCGCCGGACCGUUCAGCUGGACUCUGGCUCCCACGCUGCUGGCCUUGCUCCUGGGUGGCCAGGCGCUGGCCUCAGAGAUUGUGGGUGGCCGGCCAGCCCAGCCCCACGCUUGGCCCUUCAUGGCGUCCCUGCAGCGGCGUGGAGGUCACUUCUGUGGCGCUACACUCAUCGCCAGGAACUUCGUCAUGUCAGCAGCCCACUGUGUGAACGGCCUGAAUUUCCGGUCAGUGCAGGUCGUGCUGGGAGCCCACGACCUGCGGCGACGGGAGCUCUCGCGACAGACCUUCUCCGUGCAGCGGAUCUUCGAGAAUGGCUUCGACCCCUCGCGUCUGCUGAACGACAUUGUGGUCAUCCAGCUCAAUGGUUCGGCUACCAUUAACGCCAACGUGCAGGUGGCCCGGCUGCCCGCCCAGGGCCGCGGCGUGGGGGACAGAACUCCGUGCCUGGCCAUGGGCUGGGGCAGGCUGGGCACAAACCAGCCGUCGCCAAGCGUGCUCCAAGAGCUCAACGUGACAGUGGUGACCAACCUCUGCCGCCGCCGCGUGAACGUGUGCACGCUGGUGCCGCGCCGGCAAGCUGGCAUCUGCUUCGGAGACUCUGGAGGACCCUUGGUCUGUGAUGGUCUCGUCCAAGGCAUUGAUUCCUUCAUCCGAGGAGGCUGUGGGUCUGGAAUUUACCCAGAUGCCUUUGCCCCUGUAGCUGAGUUUGCAGACUGGAUCAAUUCCAUUCUCCGCAGCCAUGGCGACCGCCCCCGCACCCAUCCCAGAGACCCUGAGAGCAGAGCUGACUAGGACCUGUCUAGUCCC